AUGAAACAGCGCUUUUCAUGCUGCACUGGCCCAGGAUAUCCAUCACUUUUGGAAGCCAUGCGCAAAGGACCACGGGAGAAAUUGUUUAUGUGCCAUGCAUUGGUGCUCCUGAGAAUUCGUCAGAACCGGGCUAACUAUCUAGCCACCGUUGAUGUGGAUCCACAAUCUCCUACAUUCUGUCAGGUCAUAUCUCGUCUGUACAUGCCUUACACCAGUGAUGAAAUGCUGCAUCACACCGGCUGGAAUGCUUGCUCUAGCUGCUAUGACGACCAGCAAGACACGAGACAAAAUGAUAAUGCAUGUCUAGAUGGUGAUCGGGUUUACGUAGUGGACAUGGGUGUCGACCCUCGUGAACCCCGUCUGUACAAGGUUGUUGAAGCUUUGGAUAUAAGAAAAAAGACAGGAUUAGGUUCCCCUCACACAUCACACUGUUUGGGAUCAGGACAGGUUAUGAUAAGCUGUAUAGGCGAUUGCGAUGGCAACGGUGGUAAAAGUGGCUUCAUCUUACUUGAUGGACAUGACUUUGAGAUUCUGAAUAAUUGGGAAAGAGGAGAAGCUGUGCCAGAGUUUGGUUAUGACUUCUGGUAUCAGCCACGGCAUAACAUCAUGGUUUCUUCUUCAUGGGGAGCACCACGUGCUUGGAAGAAAGGCUUCUCAUUGGACGACGUCAAGAUUGGACUGUAUGGCAGAACUCUUACUUUUUGGGACUGGACUAAGCACACCAUUAAACAGUCCAUAGACCUUGGCCCUGAUGGACUUAUCCCACUGGAAGUUCGAUUUCUGCAUGACCCAGAUUCCUCACAGGCAUUUGUUGGCUGUGCACUUAGCUCUACUGUUUUCAGGAUUUUUAAGAAACAGGAUGGAAGCUGGGAUACAGAAAAAGUGAUUAGUGUUCCAAGUAAAUCAGUAGAAGGAUGGGCCCUGCCUGACAUGCCAGGUCUCAUCACAGACAUCCUGAUUUCACUUGAUGACCGCUUUCUAUACUUCAGCAACUGGCUGCAUGGUGACAUCAGGCAAUAUGAUAUCACUGAUACUCGAAACCCUCGAUUGGUGGGGCAGAUAUGGCUAGGUGGAAGUUUCUGCAGAGACAGUCAAGUGAAAGUCAUUGAUGAUAAAGAAAGAAAGGAUCAGCCCAAGCCAAUAAUUCUCAACAAUGGUAAGCGUUUGGAAGGUGGUCCUCAGAUGAUUCAGCUGAGUUUGGAUGGCAAGCGAUUGUAUGUCACCAACUCACUUUAUUCUGCAUGGGAUGUGCAGUUCUACCCAGAUAUGGUGAAAAAUGGCAGUGUGAUGCUCCAAAUCGAUGUGGACACCGAGAAGGGUGGCUUAUCCUUAAACAAAAAUUUUCUUGUGGAUUUUGGAGAUGAACCUCAAGGGCCAGUGCUAGCACAUGAAAUCCGAUAUCCUGGUGGUGACUGCACUUCAGAUAUCUGGCUGUAGAACAUCUGCUUCUUUAUUAAAUUUCCUGAACAUUUGAGAAUGGUUCAGAAAGAAACUGAAAAAAAAGGUGCUAUGGUAGUCUGUGUCAUGGUGUACCAAUUACAAAAUGUCUCAUAAAUUACGCAUUUAUAGAUCACGUGUUUGCCUAUGCUACAUGCAGAUGAAAAUAAUAUGUUCACUAUACUACAUUGAAUGAGGAAAUCAUGUAUUUACCUAUACAUUUAUUGUGUUUAUCUAUACUAUAUGCAAUUUGGAGACAGGAUUUUUAUUGUGCAGCAAAACAAUUAACUCUCUCCUUUCCAUUUCCGCUACCUACCCACUAUUAAAUCCUUUAAAUGUGCACCGAAAACGCACCUCUUCCAUAAACAUUACUCCUAAAACCUUUCCCAUAAUGCUAGUGCUUGAAGAGAUGUAUUUACCUAUACUACAUGAAACGAAGAGAUCAUGUAUUUACCUGUACAUUUAAUGUUUAUGUAUACUACAUGAAAUGAAGAGAUCACGUGUUUACCUGUACUACAUCCAGUGAAGAGAUUCACUUUCCUAUGCUGCAUGCAAUGUUUUUGCCUACCUAUACUACAGGCAGAUAAAGAUAUCAGCAUCAUUAAGUUGAAAAGUAUUUGUUGGUGCCAAAAUUAUAAUACCUAUGUAUAACAUUUUUGGUGCUCAACAGCUUUGUAUUAAGCAUCUUUAAUAUUAGGGUGAUGGUCCUUUUAACCAGAGACAGCUGCAAUGAAGGGCUGAUUUGUGCUAUCAGCUCCUGUGGGAUAUAGGAAGAGCUCUGUUUGUGUGGUUAUGAUUGAGAAUCAUGUGAAAAUCAACUCUAAUCCUUGCCAUAUUGGGUAGGAAUAUUUUGUUUUAUGGAAAGGUUAUUGCUGGUGGCUCAAAAUUGAAAAAGUAGACUCUUGAACAAAUUGUGACACAAAUCUAUUUUGCAGAGCAAAUUUGGAUGGUGUAAUGUGAGAGAGCUGCACCACAAAUUUUAUCUCCAAAUUACACCCCAAGUUUUAUCUCCCCUUUGGCUAGAGGAGGGAGUCCUUCUCCCUCUCCUCUGUCAUUUGAUCUGCUCCAUGAACGCCCACCACACUGAGACCAUUACCAUGGCAACACAGGUACCUUGCUACCUGUUGCUUGUGGCUCCAUGAAUGCACUGCACACUGAGUGCUCAUCAGGACCAUCACCCAGGCAACACAGGUACCUUGCUAGAUGUUACUUGUGGCUCCCAAAAAAGUUAAAAGGUCUAUUCCGACCACAUUUUGACCACAAGAGACUCCUGACAGAAGAGAAAAAGCAAAUGAGACUUGCAUUUGAGAUGUUGGGGGCGGGGAUCAGAAUCAGUAGUGUUAAUCUCACCCUUAACAUACCAAGGGGGUCCUCAGAUGACCCUAGAGGGUGAUUUUUAAUUAUCAUGCUGUAACUAAACUAAUUUACUCUUGAUUUUUAUGUCCUGCAUCAACUUAAGAUAUAUAUUGAGACAAACAAAAAUUAAAUGGAAAUAUUUUGUCUGCAAGACACAGACCAGCGUAAUUGUGAUGAGCUAUGGCUGUAGCUAUGGCAACAUAUGAAUCGGUACUACUUAUUUUAGUGUAGUGACUGGCUGUAGAGGAAUAUUAUACUGUGUGUAAUCAGAUGCAAAAAUGUACACACUAUAUUAAAAUUAUAUAAUCAGUUUUACAUGUAAAAUUGUAGUCAUUUUUAUGAAGAAGAGUAUAUGAAUUUUAUUGGCUAACUACUGUUGAAAUAUAUUUUAAGGAACUCCAAAAACCUAACUUGAGUAAUCUAGCACCAAAAAGUUGAGAAAUUAAAAAAACAAAAAAAUGGGGUCCUCCGAGGACCCAUCUUGGCAAACAGCAUUGAUGACAGGCUUGGUAUGUUUAACUGAAAAGGGUCAGCAGAGUUUGCUCUUUGCCAUUUACUCCUGUCUGUGGUGCACACUAAUGACAGCCUGAUAGAAUAUGAUGCAUGAGUCAGCAGCACCCGGUACCCUUGCAUUUAUUAUAAACAUUCCGUGACCAUAAAGUGCAUUAAAGAUUAUUAAAAGGAACUUUUUAAUUAUAUGCAUCAAUUCAGCAAUUUCAUUAUAUAGAGCUUGUUUUUUUAUUUUUCAAAAUUAAUUUCAGCUUUCAUUGGACAUUUUUUCAUUUUGACUUUCAUACUAGGAAGCAUUUCAUCCAGAUAAAUGCUCUUCAGGCUCAGAGUCUGUGCUACUGUCCAUUUCUGUCAAGAUGUAUGUAAUUUACACAUUUACACACUAUACAUAUUUUUCUAUAUACAUCUGAAUAAAGUAUAUCUUUUUG